AUGAAACGAAUACAUCACAAAGAAGAUUAUAUGGUGUUUAAGCACGCAGCACGCAGCACGCAGCACGCAGCACACAGCACGCAGACUUAUGAACACAAAUCCGUUAGCUAUUAUUUAAAUUUGGUCGGAACUUCUGACUUUUCCAGCAGGAAAACGGAGCGAAAUGUGAAGUAUAAGAGACAAGAAGUCGUGCUCUUUGGUGGACGUAAUGCAAUAAUGAAGAAGUGGAAGAUGAGAAAAGAGGAGGAAGAAAAGGAGGAAGAAGAGGAGGAGGAGAAGGGAAUGUGCUUGGAGAAAUCCAUGGCAGAUAGGCUAAAAAGGCUUGUACGCGAUGCAUUAGGCCAUCACUUCGUUUAA